AUGGAGGAAGCUCCGGCUACUGAAGAGUUGCAUGAUGACGAGUGCGGGCAGAUAUUUGAAACUACGCAUGGCCGUACCCCCGAUGGUCGUUAUGUAGUGCAACUUUCUUUGCGGCGCAAGGUCCCAGAACUUGGUGACUCCUAUGCAUACCCUGCGCGACAAUUCUAUUGGCUCGAACGCCGUCUGAUUGCGGAUCCUAGUCUAAGGGAAAAAUACGUGAGCUUUAUGAGGGAAUAUGCGGAGCUUGAUCAUAUGGAGCGAGUGGAGCCACCACACAAUCAUAGCGGUUGCUACUACAUCCCACAUCAUGCGGUCGCUGUGAAGUUUCGAGUGGUGUUUAAUGCUUCGGCGCCGACUACUACGGGCGUGUCCCUCAACGACAUCCAGCUGGUGGGCCCAACGCUUCAAGACCCGCUGAUCAACAUACUUUUCCGCUUUCGGCGUUAUCGAGUGGCGGUAACUGCGGACAUUGAAAAGAUGUUCCGGCAGGUCCUGGUUGCAACAGCGCAUCGAGAUUACCAGCGAAUAAUAUGGCGCGAAUACCCCUCGGACGAGCUUGCAGUAUACCGGCUGAAAACCGUCACUUAUGGCAUGGCUUGUAGUCCAUACGACGCAGUACGUGCAUUGCAACAAUGCGCGAAUGACAAUUACCACGCAGUUCCUGAUGAGCACCAAGCGACUGAAGCCCGAGAAGCAAUUUUGAAUGCAUUCUACGUCGAUGAUUUCUUGACAAGCUGCGAGGACGCUACCAAGGCCGUUGAGCUGGCCAAUAAUGUAUGCAUUCAAUACGUCUGUGGCCCCGGUAUUGGGUUUGAGAUGGGACCCCGUGGCUGA